UGGCGGUGGCAGCAGCCGUGACGGCGGCAGCGGCGGCGGCGGCGACGACGACGACGAGGAGUCUGGAGCGGGAGGAAUGAGGCGGCCGAGGCGGGCCAGCGGCAGAGCCGUGUAGCGGAGAAGCGGCUCCUUCCCCUCCUCCCUCCCGGCGUGCGCGCGCCUGGGACCGGCCCCGGAGCGGCCUCCAGACCCCGACCGGGACCCGGUCCGGACCCUUCCCCCGGCGGCCUCUCCCUCCGCGCCCUGCCCCCGCGACCCCGGGCCCGGACGAUGAUGAAGCUCAAGUCGAACCAGACCCGGACCUACGAUGGUGAUGGCUACAAGAAGCGGGCCGCGUGUCUGUGCUUCCGCAACGAGAGCGAGGAGGAGGUGCUGCUGGUGAGCAGUAGUCGUCAUCCAGACAAAUGGAUUGUCCCUGGAGGAGGCAUGGAGCCUGAAGAGGAGCCUAGUGUGGCUGCUGUUCGGGAAGUGUGUGAAGAGGCUGGAGUGAAAGGGACGUUGGGAAGAUUGGUGGGCGUUUUUGAAAACCAGGAAAGGAAGCACAGAACAUAUGUCUAUGUGCUUAUUGUCACAGAAGUGUUGGAAGACUGGGAGGACUCAGUCAAUAUUGGAAGGAAAAGGGAUUGGUUUAAAAUAGAAGAUGCCGUAAAAGUGCUGCAGCAUCACAAACCCGUGCAGGCCUCAUACUUUGAGACCUUGAGGCAAGGCUGCCUGGCGAACAACGGCACCCUGGUUAUGGGCACUACAUACUCGGUCACCAGUCAGAGCUCGGUGCCAGACAUUAGAUGACUGAAGACAUCCUUCCAAGAAAAACAGAAAUUGGAAAAUAGACUGAAAUCUGGAUCUCCUUUCCUCUCCCUGAUUCUCUUUUUGCCCUCUCUUCACAUGCCUCCUCUUUCAAACAAGGCAUGGGCAGCAGCCUAAAACAGAGGAAGUAUUCUUUGAUAAUGUUGCUGUUUGGUAUGAAGUGGAGCUUUUUUUCUUUUUCUAAAAAAAUCCUCUUUGGGGGGCUGAGGGUGGGAUGGGUAUGUAUUUUGUAAAGUAUAUUUUGUGCAUGAUGUGUUCUUUCCCUUAGCACCACCUCUACCCUCUGAAGAGAGCCGGGCAGCUUCUCCUCUGCUUCGCACUCUGAAGCGUUCCUAUCUGUCCAGUUCCCAUCCUGGCCAGACGUUUCCCUCUUUCUUAAACUAAAAGAUACUAAUGCAAGGCGAUCUCUUCCAGGAGUCUGUCCUGUAAUGUGCUGUUCAGACUGUCAGGUUGGUCAUGGUCAGUGCACGAUGCAUUUAUAUACACAUUAUAUAAUUGACAUAUAAUAUGUAAAUAAAUGGUUGGAGAAGGACGUGUUCAAGAGUCUAAUUUUGCAGAGUUUCUUUCACUUGGAGUGCUUCAGGAGAGAAGAGAGUUUCUUAAGUAAUCUGCCUAAUAGGGUUCAUCUUUUAUUUUUUUUGACAGUCCUAGGCCAGUUUCCCUGUUCAUUCUUCAACUUCCCCACCCUUGGUCAUUUGCUAUGAUGACCUGGGUGAGGAAAGAGUUGGACGACUUUCAGACUGCCCCUGGUGCUCACAGCCUUCCGUCUUCUCAGUUGGCGUUGCUACUCUGUCAGAAGAAAACAUGAAGAACACUUUGCUUCUUUUUAUUACCCAGGCAGGAGGAGCAAGUAGCCCCAGUCUAGAUCCAGUGAAAAAGUGAUAGAAUUGAAUCUCAGCCUGCCCUGAUGACAAUGGGGAUUUGAACUUGGAGCUCUUGGGAUUAGACUCUGUAAAGACCUGGAAUAGCCAGCACCAGUUCUGUCCUGCCAGUUUGAAGUUCUUUCCACAGCCCUAUUUGUAGUUGAUAAACUCUCUCUUUUUGUCCAUAUGCCUUAUCGUGCUGAACUGGAUAUUGUAUCUGUGCUAAAGCAUCCGACCGUGCUUCCCCCAGAGUAGCCACACGUGUUCCUCCUCUUCUGUGCCAGGGCAACCGUGUCGUGUCCCCAAAAAGAAGCAUGUGAGGGGAACAUUCAUGUGCUCACUGUCGUGCUUGUGGUGUAGCAGCAUUUAUAAAUUUACCGUGGAGCAUGCUCAGAAUAUUGUCUCCUCCGAUGGAUAUGGAAGGUACAACUUCUGCCCAGAAGUACUAAGGUAGAGGACUCUUAAUCAUUUAUUAGAAUAGCUACAUAAUGUAUUGGCACAUUUUAAACUCGUUUAUUGGUUUAUUGAUGUUUCAUACUGUCAGUCUUUAUUUGCCAGCUGUGUUUAGUUGGGAAAUAAAAAGGAAAUGGUUGUGAGUUUGUGGGAUGGGCGGGGGCAGGGCAUUAGUUAAUCCCUGGCUUGGGACAGGAGGUUGUUGCUAGGCUCUUAGUAGCAUCUCCUUUGUCAGAACAUAGCCAAGAUGUGAAAUUAAAUCUGCAGUACUCUUUUAUUUAAUAAUUCUAAUAAAUACUUAGACUUUCAAAAAGGGUUUUUUUCUUCCCUCCCACUAAAAGAGGAACAAAUAAGUCUGGUAGACCUAUCAAUUUAGUGUCUGACUGGAGAAGAAGGUAGCCAAUUUUAGAAGCUCGCAGACAGGAAGAUCACAGCAAAGCAAAGCUUUGAACUACAGGGCCAAAAAGCAAUACUAGCAUUUUUGUCAGAAUACACUAAUCCCAUACUAAUUAAGUAGUUUUUAUAUCCAUGGUUCAGGAUUUCCAAUGGUUUGAAAUAGAGCGUUACACUUUGAUUCUAAAUGUUGAACUCGGUUUCCAUGUAACCAUUUAGAAAUGAAUGUACCAUCUCUUUUUAAGAAGCCCACCCUCUACUUUAGAGCACUCGAAGGGCCUGCCCAAAAGAGCCAAGAAAAACAAAAUCAGAUCAAAUCAUCCAAGACCUAAGUGACAUCCCAAGAAUGUAAGCCGUCUACCAUUGCCUUCCAGAUCGAUUCUGUCUUUGUUCUAUAGAUUUGCUGUUUUGAAAAUCCUGUGCAGAAAAACAGCUGGUACUCCUGAAAGAGCAGCUAAAGUUUGGUAUCAGUAGCAUGCAGGCCUUUUUUUAAAAGGCAUGUUUAACAAUAUUUUGAAAAUGUUAUUACUAGUCUGUUAAAUUCAAAAUAUAAGGAUAGAAUAUUGUUAAUGACUGCUGAUGACUUUUUUGUUUGGGUCAGGAAAAUCAAUUGUGCCGAGGAAGUAUUUUAACGUAGCAUGAAUCAGUGCUACUAAUGCCCUUAGCUGGAGGGACUUGUUUAUAGACUCUUUAACUAAAAAAUGGAAGCUUUGUCCAAUACCCAUAGUUAAAAUCAGUGCAUUGUUGCACCAUGCUUCUAGUGAAUGACAGUUUUGUUUUUCCUUUCUGUAUCACAAGUUCCAUUCCUAUCAUUUUUAGUAUGGAUUAGAGAUCUCUUGUGAUAGAAUAGGUGGAUUGAUUUGAUAGAUGGAUCCAUUGACUUUUAAUUUCCAUAGCCCCAUUUCCUCAAAGAAAGCAAGAAACAAGAAAGUGUGUACAUAUACACAAGCCAUCCACAUAAUAUUUAAGAACAUACCCUCUUGAUUUGGCUCAUAUUUUAGGAGCCGUGUACGUUGUGUCUAUUGAAUGAAUACCUGUAGAAAAAAGUAAAAAUUGUUUUUUUUCUUUUAAAAUUUUUUUAAAAUUCAUAUUCCCUUUUUCCCCUUGAAGGUUUGUAAAGAUUGCAGUGGGUCUGAGGCUUCAUUCAUUGGGUGCUAAUAAACUAUCCCAGCUUUCUUGGAGACAAAGAAGAGAGAGAAGGGAGUAUAUGUGUUUGUGUGUGUGGUAUACCCAAUAUGAAAGUGCAGUCAUUGAAUUUACUUUUCCAGAGUCAGAUGCCAAUACUCUGUUGUACAGAAGAUUUACUCACUGUGGCCCUGUGAAGUCAGCAGUAACUGAAAUGGAUCAAAGGGAGAAGUAACAUAAAUUUGAGACAUGUCAAUUUUUCUGAGAUUACACAUAGUUUUAGAGUAGUUGUUGGUCUGCAUAAUUUCUGAGGUCACCUCACAUUUGCUGCACAGCCCAGCAAUAGAAUUGUGGUCUCUGUGGCCUUCCUUCUCAACCCCAAGUCCAUGGCUAGAAAACACCUCGGGGGAAGUAACAUGAAUAUCAAGUACUUGAGGAGUGUGCUGCAGGAGCUUUGCAAUCCUGUUUCUACACAGUCAAGUUCCUCUGUAGUGAAGAAAUGUUUUGUCUUUUGAUGUCAGAAGUUGGUUAGUAACCCAUGCUAGAAUCUUUUACUCAGAAGAAGAGAAUUAAAAAAAAGACAAGACAAGAAUAUUUUAGUCCUUGUGGUUUAUAAGGAAAAGGGGUAAAAAAAUUGUGUAAUGGAGACUUUCUUCCUCCUCAGCUCUCCAUCCUCUAGGCAAGGUAGUUGUUCAAGGCAUCUUUUUGCCUUCUUAAACAGAGCGCCAUCAAUAGGCACCUUUUAGACCCUAGUAUGUAUUCUGCUUCCUGUACUGAAAAAUUUAUAAUUUCCAUUUAAUGCAUUGAUGCCUCUCUAGAGGUCUGAAUGACAGUUUUCCCACACUUCCUUUUCCUUUUAAAUCAGUUUAUUCUGAGCCAUGUUUACUUUUCCAGUUAAUAAAGAUUUCACAGCCAUAAUGUGCUCCUUACCUAGCACUGUGGUGUUCCAAUACUUCUCUAGGGUUCUUGAAGCCUGAGCUGAGAGUAUACUUAGUAUGUGCAAUAGAAUAUGUAGUGACUUCCGUAAUAUCACAAUUUUUCUGUGUGUGUGUUUGUAGGGGGAGAGGGCUGAAGACAGAGAUGUGGUAUAAUCAGUAGUGUCCUUUGGUUUGGAUUCCAUUUGCAUUUCAGAAAAUAACGUGCAUCAAGAGAAUAAGCUGGAAUACAGAAUGAUUAACUCAAGUGACUAUAUUUGGGGAAUCUAGCUGUGAAGUGACUUUUUAUUUGAAGGUACAGAAGUCAAGUAUUUUGGUGUGUCUCUUCUCCCAACUCCCACUCCCAUCUUUACCCUCCCCCUCUUUUUUUUUCCCCUUUCCCUCUUUUUUUUCCCCCUUUCCCUCUUUUUUUAAUCUCUAAAAAAGGCAAGGGAUUGCUUGAAGCUCACAUAGUUUUGUCACACUGCCUAACCACAUUGACAUUCUGUUAAUGUAAACCACACGGAGAUCAGGCUUGCCCCAGAGAGGCCCGUGAGGCUUGGAAACUGUGAAAGGAGUAGUCUUCCAGAGUUGGGCUGUAGUGCUCACAGAUGGAUAGCAAGCAUAUGGACUGAGCUUCAUAAUAUAUAUGUGCAAGACCAGCUUAUUUCAAUGUCUGUUAAUGGAGAAGAAAUCUAAGGAAAAAUAUGGGUCUUAUUUGGCAGUUACUGCUCUGACCUUGAAAUUAGAAGCUCUGGGAAUCCAGAGAAGCCUCUGAAUGGCUUUCCUUUUUCUGGAUGCCUCCUCUCAGAUAUCACCAACAAUGGGAGAAUAUUCUGGGAUGGGGGGGGGGAAGAAAGAAAGAAAAUGAGAGAAUGUUGACUGUAGUGCAUGUGUAUAUUGUAUUUAAUUGGGGCGGGGGGGGAACUGUUGCUAGGUUGUUUCUAUCAAAGCCCAGUUAGUGGAAUCAGAAAUCUCAUCAUUUCUUACUGGAGACUGACAGCCUUUAAUUCUAUUCAGUUAGCCUUUCAGUCUUAAUUUUUGGACAAAUGCAUUCAAUUUUUUCACAAAGACUCAUCAUUUUCUUUAGCCCAGAACCUCCCUGGAGAUGUGGGGAACUUGGACUUUUCAUCUCUGGCAAAAUCAUGCAUUUCCCAUUGAGAAGGACCAAAUGCAAGAUGUUAAUUCACCCCGUUCUGCUUUAAAGAAAAAACCUAUGUGGUAGUUUUAGGGCCAUUUCAUUGGAAGCUCAGCCGCUAUUGCAAAUAACCAUUUAGUUUUAAGCUUGGGGGCUACCAUUGAUAACAUUGAUUCGAUUAGGAUUUCUAAAAAAUGAAAUUAUUUGUAUGGGGCAGGGUGGAGAGACUAAUCCAACAAUUCUAAGUCAGAAAUCCACUAAUUGACUGAUACUAUAGGGGAUUCUGCUAAAAGGAGAAUUUUUUAUUUAAUAAAAAAAAGAUACCAUAAGUUACCUGUAUGAUGGAAUUCCUAGGCUACUGUUUGUCAGUGAUCAGACAUUUAAGUUUUUUUCUCUGAUUCAUUUUCAACUGAAUGUAUGUUUUAAUUAGCUUUAAAUACAAAAGAGUAAGGUGGAUAUAAUUUCAUUUUGCUAAGCUUUUCAAAUACCUUUUUAAUACGCUAAUCACAUCAAAUGCAGAUAGAAAGCUAUCUAUUUAAAAAACAAAACCUUAGGUUGGGGAGCAAAAAUAUUAGCACAAACUACUAAUGUGCUGGUUGUUGAUAGACGUUAGCCAUGAUAUUUAUUCUGUUCAGAACAAUACUUGAGUACAGCUAAGCAUUUAUCUAGGUAUUGAAUUCCAGGCUAGUUGAUCUGAUCAUAAUCUCUAUAUGUGCACCUAGAGCCAAGAAUGCUUAUCACAGCUUAAUAGUUUUAACAUGUACUCAGAGGAUCAUUUAUUUGCCAGGUGUGUUUCUGGCAACAAUUUAAACAGAAUUAAGAGGAAUUGGGCCAGGAAGGAAGGAUACUUGAGUCUCUAUGAAAGCUUCUGGAAUUUCUUUAAAGAAAACAAGUACUGGGACCUCAAACCACACUAUUUUCUGAAGUCUGUGUUGACUCCUGAAGCUUAGGAUUUGGUGGCUUAACAAUUUAUCUAGUGACGUUGCCCUUAAAUUCACACUGGAAAUAAUCCCAGUGAGAAUCUUCCUGAGCAGAGUAUGCUUAGAGCAACUUUGCCUCACAAGUGGAGUACUGAAGGUUUUCUUUUGCAGAAGGCAUUGACUGGGGGUCCAUGUUGUCCUAUCCAACUUGGCAUCCUACAACAGAGUUCUUUUAACUGUAUUCUCAUUGCUGAGUUGUGUACUUUCUGUUCAAAAGUAUAAAGCUGGUUUUUCUCUGUAUCUUAGGUGUCCAAGGAAUAUACAGUGUUACAUAUACUUAUGAGAACCUUUGUUAACAUGAGUGAUUGGGGUGGGGGGUGGGGGACAAGCAGUUGGGGAUGGUUUGGGAUAGGGUACAGAAAUUUAAGUCUUUAAGGACUAGAAAAAUCUAUGUAAGUUAACAUAGGAACUAACAUUGAAUUGAACCAUUCUUAGAAGAUCCUUAGCAAAGAGCAGAGACUUGAAGCAAAAAUUAGAUCCGUGCUUCCAAAGCCCUGAGGAAAAUGAAAAUUGAGAGCAAGUUAUCUUGUCAGUGGGCAAGAAGCCAGUGUUCUCCCUGAGCCGGUACAUGAAUAACAAGGCCAAAGAAGGGAUGAGCAGCUGUCACUUGGGCAAGAGAAUCCAACUUUGUUGCCUUGUUCCACAUAUCAAGUGGAGCCCCUUUUGCACCAAGGGUUUAUCAAGAUGUCUAUUCCUCUCCAAUCUAAAGUGUUCAGAGUUUUUAUUUAACAUGAGAGCUUGCUUCUGCUCCGCUCAUAGACAGGAAAGGCCAUUUGUUAUCUUGGUCUGUGGAGUUUAAAAUCUUCAGAAUGUAUGUAAAUGUGUUAUGCUACACUGUACUUAAUAUAAAUGAUUAAUUUCAGCCCCAGUAGAGUAUAGUUAACUGCAUGGGAUUGUAUCAUUUAUUAAUAGACAAAGUGCUUGAAACUCAUUUGAAAUGGAAAGGAUUUGAAUGUAGCUUUGUAAAGAUAUAGGGUCCAUUUUAUAAGGUCUGAAAAUUUCACAGCUGGUUUGUAAUCAAAAAAGUCCUGCACCCUUGAAUGUGUUUUUGAUGGGCCUAAUUUCUGGGAGAUUUGCCUGUUAAGGUUUGGUUUCUCUAAACUUGGGAGUAUUUGUAGGCUCUUUUCAGCUGAUAGGUUGAACUCCUAAGGUUAUCACAGUUAGCAUGUCUUUAGAAGAAAGAUGUCCUAGCUGUGUGUAGCACAUUGUCUUGUGUUUGAGGAAGUAACUGAGAGUAUUUGAGGAUGUUGGGAACUAUUUUAAAACAAGUAUGUGUUAAGCAAGAAUCUCUCACAUAUUCUUGUGUGUCAGAGCUGCAAAAAUGGCAGCAAAUUAAUAUCUUUGUGUCUUGCAAUUGCCAGCCAAUCCAUUAUUUCAAGUAUGUUGUCUCUGUCACCAUUGAUGGCCUUUUGUAAAGGGUAAGCAUGAAGUAUUGAAAGUCAAAAGUCAAGUUGCAUGCGUUUUACCAGUAAUGUGUGGUCUCUCCAAACAGGUUGCUGUCUGUGGAGUAGUUUCUCUGCAGUAGAAUACUUGUCACUGUGGAUGAUAUAAAUUGUCAUUUGCAUUAUAACACUAGUUCUUUAAAAAAGUGUAUCUAGAAAUGCCAAUUCCACUUUCCUCCAUAACAGCAUUCAGCAUUCCCUCAAGGAAGAAGUGGCCAGAUAUAAAGGCCACAUGUUUCCUUCUUAGAUGAAUAUGAACAGAUGUUUCCAGGAGAUACCAAGUUGAGGCAAAGAAGCAAAAUGUAUUGUAUCUGUUCUUUUUUUGUCCCCCAAAAGGGCAAAAAAAAACCCUUCCAUAAUCCUUUCUCUGCCCAUCCUCAUGUUUUAGUGGAGGGUCACUGUUGUACAAAUAACAGCCAAAAUUAAGUAAUGAUUUCAAAACUGAAUCUCGGAACCCAAGCCUUCCUCAUCCAGAAACCAGCCUUCAAAGAUCUUGAAGCUGGUAAGAACCUCUGUUCUAACCCCACAGAGCCAAUAUCUUAAGACUUUGUUGUUCAUUUCAGGCAAGGGGGGGAAAUGUUUGGCAUGUUAAUUAUCUUUUUAUUAUGUACUGCCCAUGACACACUUGGGGGGAGGAAGGUAUCUCACUUGUGGUCUUGGGACAUGUCCAGCCAUCCUCAGGGCCAGAGAAGACAAACACCUCUUUGCUAGGGUUGUGUGUUUUGCAUCUGUGAAAAGAACAGCUUAAAAUUUAUAGUCUCAGUUACCUCUAAACAAGGAACAUUGAACAAGUGAUCCUAAGGAAGAGCUCAUUGGACUGUGGAAGCAGAGGAACAGCUGCAGGGCCCUUCGGAGGCCAGAGGAUUCUAUGCCCUGCACCUCAUGCUCUUUAUUACUGAUUCUGGUUAUUGUAAUGUUGUAGUUUAAACUCUUCCUUUUCCUCCCAUCCCUCCCAUUCACAUUUUCCCAAAAUAACCUUCGUAACACAAAAGUUAGGUGAGCUUUCUGGGGGUCCAUUUCUCUUGACUUCUUGUCCUCCACUUGUGGCAUUUUAACAGCUUCUAAGGAUGUUGGUUUAAUCUCUUGGAAUGGAACAAUUCUGAAGCCUGUCAUAUGGAUAUGGAAGGAAUUACAGGUUUGGUUUUGUUUUAUUUCUUUUUUCAAGGUUUUUUUUUAGGCUUCAUUCUUAUUCCCACUUCCUUUCCCCCUUGUACUAGGCUUGUCCUUUGCUGGCAAGAUUUGGGUUCGAUUCAAUGUGUAGAGAAAUAGGACUGAAUAAGAAAGAUCAUGAAGGCCAGUUUCAAGCUGUGAACAGUGUGUGCAUAAACAUAUGCAUGCACACAUACACACAUACACACAUAUCCCUUUUCUACCUAAGAUGAGGUGGACAUGUUUAAUAUUCUUUCCAUAGACUGAGCAAUAGAAAGUAAAGCCAUCCCUCCCAUCUAUAGAUAAAGCUUUGACACCACCACUAAAAGUCUCCCACCCACAUUUUUUAAAAAUCCUGAUAUUAAUAUGUCUGAAUGUGUAGUUCCUUUAUAUGUUGAUCAAUUUCCUUCAACUUGAGUUUUGUGUGAAGGAAAGGCAUUGGAAUUGUAGGUUGUGAUCUCGUGCCAACAAAUAAACACUGGUAUUUCACAUA